CCGAAGUCAGAUCAGGUUGCUCGUUCUUGUGUCUAGCGUAGAUGUCAUCUUAGCGUUGGAACAUCUGAGAUAGAUCCGCUUUUCCUACAAUGCAGCUAUCUGUGCUUCACACUUGUACUCAGUAGAUAAACCUGCAGCUGCUUCACUCAGCAAGACGAUUAAAAAAUCAGAACGGUACGCGCUGAGGCCCAGAAAAAUCCAUCGUAGCACCCUGAUUGGGGUCAAACCUUGCGUAUAUACCCGGGCGCGGUGCCCUCGUGGCACGGCUUUUGUUACACUGCGAAACUAUAAGGAUUUCAGUAGCCUACGCGCGCCAUACCAUGCGGGUUGGCCCUUCAAAGUCUUCUGGUUUUUGCUUUUGUCUUUUACUCACGACUUUCCGGAAUCCCGGGAUUUCCCGAAUCCCGGGAUUUGUCGUGAAACUGGUGAAAAUCGUGCAAAAGUUGCUUUGUUUUCUAUGCUAAUCGCGAUGGUAGGACCUCUUUUGCACGAGUUUUUGCACCGUGCAAAAAAUCGCGCAAAAGCGUAACAAUCGCGUCGCGAAUCGCGGUGCUACGGGCCCUGUUUCCGGAGUUGCUUUGUCCUGGUUUUCCGCGAUAUUUCGCACAAGUCGCGCAGCCGAUCGAAUCACGACGGCGCGGCGUUUUUUUCACGAUGUGCCCCGCCGUAACACAAAUCGGAACAAGCGCUGCGAUUUUAUCUCGAAUCGCGAUGGGACGCGCCGGCUUCCGACCGGAGUCGGUUUCCGUGGUUUGUCGGUCGCGACCGCCACGUUUGGGAAUCGCGACCGGCACCGCGGCGCAUGUGGGCAGUAUUCCCCACCACACUGCCGGCCUUUGCCUGUCGCGCGGAAUGUCUCGCGGGUUCUUGUGGUUGUCAAUGCGCCACAUACUGUUCGUUGUCGUUGUUUUGGUUGUCAAUACGCCAGAACGACAACGAUACGCCAGAGCGACAACUCGCGACCCCGAGAGUUGUCGCUCUGGCGUAUUGACAACCAACUUGCCAACUGCCGUAUUGACAACCAAUCACCCAGCCCGCCUUCGCAAUACAAUAUUGCCAACGCCCCUCUCUUUCCCUUCAACCCGCGCAACAACACUACUGCUGGGCACGCUUUCACGCCCGUCGGCGCCGCGCGCGGGCGCCCCGCCCAGUGCGGUUGCGGCCCCCCGGGAGGACGAGCGGACCACUCCCAGAACAGUCACCAACGAGGGGACCGGCCAGCCGCCCAACAGAAGCAGGCAGUGCAAUGGUUAGGUCCGUGGUGAGGCCCGCGGGCGCAAUAGCUGUGCCCAACACACACAAGCCCCGCACUGGUUAGGUCCGUGCUGAGGCCCGCAGGCACAAUAGCUGCAGUUCCCCCACCCCUUCGCGAUAGCGGACCAGCGGGCAACCCACAACACUCCCCCCCCCCCAACCACCCAUGCGGGCGGGGCCCGAAAGCCGGGCGCGCCGCAAGUGGGCGGCCCCUUGCGUGCCCGCGGCGAAAAACGGGCGGAGUCGGCCAGCAAGGCAGCAACCAUCCAAACGAACAGGACAUCCAAACGAACAGGACAAUGGGCCCCCCCCAAACUUUCCCCUUUCAGGCAGGUAACUAAGAAGGCGGAGGCCCGUUCCGGACCUGAUACGGCGGAAGUGGGGGCCCCCUUCGGGCGGGGGCGGCAGGGAGGCGGGGCCCCCUUGUGGGCAAGAAGGGCCGCGGGGGCCCCCCGCGGGAGGGCAGGAGGCCGCUUUCGGCCGGCAGCCCGCAGGAGGCGGGGGGGCCUCCUGCGCGCAAGCAAGGAGGCGGGGGCUCCCUGCACGAGCGGUACCCAGCGGCCGGAAGGGCGGGAGCCGGGGGGCCUCCCUGGAGGCGGACCCCCAAAGGGCGAAAGGGUGUGAGGGGGGACGGGCAAGGAGGCGUCGGCCCCCUGCGCGUGAGCGGUGAAAGAAGGAAGCGGGGGCCCCCUGUAGGCGGGAUACCCCCUGCGGGCGGGGGGGGGGCGGGAGCCGGGGAAGGGGGCCCCCCUGCAGGGGCGCGGGGAGUGAAAGAAGGAGGCAGGGGCCCCCCUGCAGGCGCGGUACCAGCGGUCGGCGCCCCGCGAUGCCCAGCGGGCGAAAGGUUGUGCGGGGGGGCGAUCAAGGAGGCGGGGGCCCCCUGUAUAGUGGGCAGUGAAAGACGGAGGCGGGGCCCUCCCUGCGGGCGGGAGGGCGGGAGCCGGGGACGGGGGCCCCCCUGUGGGGAGGCUACCGAGCGGGCGAGAGGCGGGAGGGCGGGGGCCCCCUGUUUUCCCCGAGGGUAUGCUCGACGCUAAAAGUCUAACCUUCACCGUGCCAUCGUGUUUAAAAAUCUGGGCCUCAGCACGUACCGGUCUCUAAAAAAUACAUACAUAAAACCGCAGUUACGUAGCCCUAAUCUAGCAGAAAGACCAUGGCGCUCCAAACGCUUGCCGCCCUUCUGGAAACACCCGGACCCGGCGAUGAAGUUCUGGGCUUCCUGCACGGCGCCGAGGUGGCCGCCCUUGCGUGCGUCUCCGCGGAGACGCGGAAAGCGGUGUCGCGGGAGCAGGAUGGCAAACUGCGGUGCGCGAACUUGGUGAUCCGCUUUAAAUGCCGCAAGAGGAAGGACCACGGAAUCGAUCUGUGGGCCCAGCGCCGCGACCUGGCUCACGUGUUCGCGCUAUCCAAUGCAAAUAUGUCUGGGUCGUCUGGAAGGCUGCAACUUGUCAUGCAAAGCCUGGAUCGUGCAAAAAUCUGUGUUGCGUGAUAGCCAAAAGUUGUGGUCCAAGUUGCGCGGGCGCUUCUCAUGCAGGGUAGGCAUGAAAGAGAUAUCGCAGAAUUUGUCAUGCUGUGUCCUUGAUUCCAGCACUCGUGGGUCAUGGAGAACUGGCAUGACAAACACACUUGGAUUUUUUUGUUCCAGACCCAGAUUUUGCAAUGCAUACGUGCGUGUGGAUGUUGCCGCGGUCAAGUCCCUCCUCGUCGAGUUCCGUGCAGACACGGGCGCGGACGCCGACCGUGUUUACGUCGACCGCGUAUUGGACCAAGUGCAGUCACUGAUGGGCCCGGAACUCCGACAGUUUGGCUUGAUGGCCCCGCAGUUGGGCGCACCGACCGACAAUAACCGCCUAGAGUACCUCAGCGUGGUUCUUGCUAGCGACCGGGCCUUCAACCAUUUCGCGCGUUCCCUGGUGUCGCUGUCGAAGCUCGAGACGCUUUUCAUCCCCAGUGCGCUGGCCACGAGUCCCAUAAACUUCCCGCCCGGGGUAAAAACGCAUCUGCCCAGGCUGAAAGCGCUGCACGUGGUCGACGCGUUUCAUCUCGAUGAGGUCAAGCCGGCUAGCUUAGUGUGUGCAAUGCUCGGUCAUCGGAACAACAACAGCAACAAUUUGGAGGAGAACAAGGAUGUGCCUCUUGCUGCCCCUUCGGGUUGUAGUUCCUCGGGUGUAGUCGCAUCUGCUUCUGUCCCCGACAAAAGAACUACCCGUCUUGCAGUUUUUUCCUGCCGGGAAUUGGACUGCGACGACAUGGACGAAAUGGGUACCUCUAACGACGGCGAGGAGCCGACGACAACUGCGGGCGUUGAACUGUGGAGAGAGACCAUUGCGCCGGGACUACAAAAACUUUCCUUAAUCACAGAUGACGAAGAUGACCUUCUGGAUGCGGAUUGGUUCUGGUCCUGCUGCAAAAAUGUGCGGCACCUCGAAACAAGCUUCACAGGAGGCGACGAGUGGAAAUGGGGGAAAUACUUCCCCAACCUCGAGUCGCUGACCUUCACCCAACUGCGAUACGAUGGGCUAACCUGUGGAUUUCGGAGACCGCUAGUGGGAUUGAUGCACGAAUUCGAGUUUUCGCGCCAGCGGCUCGUCUUUUGCGAUUCGGAACUAUCCGCGGUCGAGCUGGCGAUGCUAACAGCCGCAUGGAGCAAAACGUCAGUGCGCGGGCGGGGUGGGGGCAGCUCUGGACGGAAGGAGGGUAAUGGAAGAGUGGUCGGACAACAAGAAGUUCUUGAGCAAUCUUCUCAGACGAGGGCAUCACAAUCUUCUGAAACUACUGCACCGCCGCCUCUGGUCCUCGAUGCUACAUCUUCGCGUCUCCUCGAGAUGCUGCAUGCGGAUAUUAACCAAAGGACCUUCAAAAUCACGACCGGACCGCCGCUUUGCCCCAUGACGCAGACGGAAGUUGCGGCGUAUCGGCAAGCGUGACUGGUGACACACGCGGGGGGUCGUAAUGUCAAGCUCUGAGGAACUUGAACUACAUGCGGUCGUGAAGAAUAAAUCCAGGAGGAGAUUGAUACCAACCGGAGAAUUCUUUCGUGCUCCACCUUCAGUGCGUCUCGCAACUCCGUGGUGAAGAUAUGUGACUGCGUCGCUUGACGUUAGGGGAAGGGAACUUUAUUCCGCUUGGAUUUGCGCCAACAUCUUCUCGCCAGAGCUCGUUUGAUUAGGAAGAAUUGCUGAUGUUGGUUCUCGAGGACCGGUGGAACAGAUUUUCCGG